CAUCCUUUAGGAUCUGCUUUACAUUUGGCCAUGCCGUCUGAACCCAUCGGCGGUUUAUAUCGGAAGGUGGUGAUUGGCAAAGAACAAAGCCACCGCACAAGUUUCAUGACAGGACACCUACUUUGGCAGGAUAGAUUGCGGAUUGAGCAAGGACAGCGAGACAAACAUCUCAAGCGCUGGUACAAGCAGCUUGGGCGAGCACUGCCUCCGGACUCUGCAGGAUCACCUGUGGAGACAAGGAUUGCGAGAGACAGGCUUCUGUGGCAAGAUGCAGAAGGGCCUGGCAGCAAAGCUCCCGACCUGGAUACCCUGGCCGGACGCAUGCUGGCAGAGCGACGAGGCCGUCAGAAGCUCCACAAGAUUCGUGCGCUAGCUGCAUCACUUUCAGAGCCUUUGAUGAGGUCGCAAAAAGAUGCAGGCAUUCAAAGCAGCAAACCUGUUGCGGAACUGCCUCUCCUGCAUCAUGAAGUCUGCCACAAAGUAGCAAAAGGUGAAGGUGAGUGUGGAGAGCCGUAGGUGACUCAGAAAUGCUUGGCCAAAGCUGUAAGACUGUACAACAGGCGUCCUGCGCUUGCCAUCAGAUGCCUUGAACAUCUCUUCAUGUUGUACAAUCAUGUAUAAGCAUCUAUAAACUGUAUACCGUAUACCGUAUGCCAAAUAUGAAGCAGUGCCAAACUUUUCUUAUUGCAUCGCUUAAUGGGGGGUGGUCGCUUUAGCCCGUUGCUCGCUUUCUUAUCGAGCAAGAGAUGAAAUAGAGGCGCAGGAUGGGUUCAUAUCACUUGCCAACAUCAAAUUUUGAGUCUACUAGACACUGUUAUACACUUAUGGUACUUGUAAGAUUGACUUAUAGGAUCUUAAGGGUAAUAUUCCAGCAUGUAUCAAACACAUUCAAAAACUGUACCAACGGAAACCGAGGAAUCUGCGUGCAGCAUCUGGUAAGAACGUGCGUUCAGGUUGCUACCCAGAUGGUGUAGGAGGAAGCCGCAUUGUGGCUGAAGUGCCACUGAGGAAUGCAGAAGUGAUCGCACGCCAACGCCGACUUGCCGACUGAUCGCAAGAGGUUGCCCUGGUGCGCAAGCCGCAUCUCGGUGCCCAUGCCUAAGGCAUGUGCGGAGGUGAGGCAGCUGAAGUGAGACUUCAAGCAUCACAUCACCUAAGCAGUUGGCCCAGUUGGCCAAAGCAUGUAAGCAGCGCACCCCGAAGUCUUUCCAACUGUUUGUUCCUUUCAGUUGUCAGUCACUUCGUGCCAAUGGUGACCAACCUCGAAGUGGAGUGGUGACAGCUGUUUCACUGUCGGCAAAACAA